CGCCAUGUCCCGGCGCGGCCGGGCCGGCGGACCCAAGAGGAAAAGGAAUUGGGAUAUAGAAUGCCCAUCCUUUUUAGAAGAGAGGCCACAACAGUUGAGAAGAGCAAGUCUCCAGACAGUGGGCUUAUCCUGGCUCAAGUGUGGAGAAGGAUUUCAGGAUACUUCUGGGACUUUGUCAUCUGUAGCUGAAAAGGCAACUGUUACCAAAAGGAAACUUGAAUUAUCUCCAGCACCAAAGAAAGAAACUCUAUCAAAGAGUAGCAAUGAAAUUGCAAAUAUAACAUGGAGUUCCAGUGAAAGUGAGUCCUCAGAUGAAGACAAGGCAGUUUUUAAAUCACAGAGAGAUAAUGGACAUAGCUCUAAGAUACACAGGUUUUGUAGCAGGAACACUUUAUGUCCAGAAGAUGAAGUCACUGAAGAUGAAGUACAGUCUAUUGACUGGGAGGUUGACAGCAAUAGGAAAGAUGCUGAUGACUGCAAUGAAAGUGAAGAUGGUGAGGGUGCCAUGGCAAUCUCAGAUUGUGCUUCUUGUGCAAGUGGUCAUUCUUUGACAAGUGAGGAUGGCUUACCUGAGCUUUCUAAGUCCACUGCUACAGAAAUUGUAGAAUAUUCAUCAGACAGUGAUAAAGAUGAAGACUCGGAGAAUGUCCCGUUCAUUGAUUCAGAAUCACCUCACAAAUGCCAUGUGAAUUGUGACUUGGAUACAAGACAGGUUACUGACAAAAUUAUUUACUCAAGAGCAAAAUCAACUGAGUUAAUCUUGCAUGCAUCCCAUAAACAGACAGUCAAGUUUCCUAGGACACCAGAGAGUUUGGCAAAGAAGAAGAAGCUAUUAAGAGGCGGUCUCGCAGAAAGACUAAACAGUCUGCAAAAUCGAGAAAGGUCUGCUAUUUCUAUGUGGAGACAUCAAUGUGAUUCUUACCAAAAAACACUUUCAGGUAGAAAACACAGUGUAUUAACUGUGAAAAUCCUAGAGCUGCAUGAGGAAUGCACCAUGCAAGUGGCUAUGUGUGAACAGUUAUUGGGGCCUCCAGCCACCAGCCCAUCCCUAGGUGUGACUGUAAGGCCAGGUGUUGGCCUGAAGGUUCUCUUUAUGCGAGAGACUGCAGGUUACCUAAGGGUGCAACCCCAGGACAUCGUUCACAUCUUCCCUCCUUGGCAAAAACUUAUCAUCCCAAGUGGAAGUUGCCCUGUUAUUCUAAAUACUUACUUUUGUCAGAAAGUUGUUGCCAAAGAAACAGCUCAUGAAGUGUACUGUCGGGAUAUAUCACUUCCAAGAAGAAACAUUACUUUGGCUCAGACCUUUAGAAUUAAGGAUCUAACAGUUAAUUCACCUGAAAAUCAGAUUGUAUGUAGUGGCCUGCCCAGCAUGGGCACAGGCUGGACCCACAAGUAUGAAGAGGCAACACAAUACCCUGAAGUUGAUGCUCCUCUGAGGGAUUCUCUCCUGGACAUUGUAGAAAGCCAGAGAGCUGCCCCAUGGUCUGGAGUCGGAGUCCGGGUUGUAGUGCAAAGGGUUUACUCCCUUCUUGGAAAAGAUGGCACCAGGGCCCAGCAGGGACACAUCAUGGUGCACAAAAACGUACCUGAAACACGGCUCUGCCUUCUAGUGCAAGAUGUCUAUGGAAUGUUUGGUGAGGUGCAUUUGGAGGAAACCAUCUGGAAGGAUAGAGCAUUGGAAGGAAAAUCCUGCAGCAUAGCAGGAAUGAAAGUUCUACAGAAGGCGACCAGAGAAAGGGCACCAGGGCUCUUCAGUUUGAUUGACACCAUAUUACCCCCAGAGAGGCUUCUGAAAGUCUCCAGCCACAGCCAGUCCAGUGAAGAGGUAAAAAUGUAUCUGCCGCCUCCUAACUUCUGUUAUAGCUUCUUGGCUCAGGGACAAAUUGAUAUAAUUGAAGGAGAUCCCACUUCUAAGCUUUACCAGCCUCCAGUUGUCCAUUGCUUAAGAGAAAUUUUCCAGACUAAUGAACGUGGGUCCCGGUGCAGUUUCUAUGCCAGCGUGAUCUAUCAAAGACCACAGGUGAAGAAUCUGCUUGUUUUGGAACAAAAGGAGUUCUGGCUGCUGGUGACCGACAUCACCCUGCAGAUGAGGGACGAGAGCAACCCCCACCUUCCCAAAACCCUGCCUGUCCGUGUGACCCCCUCCUGUGUGCUAGGCCCAGAAGUUCUGGAAGCUCUUGUCAUGACUGCACCUCAUAGCAUCCUCUUUAGGGAUGCCCUCCAAGACCAAGCAGGUCACAUUAUUUGUGUUGAACGGACAGUCCUCCUGCCUAUCUUGCGUGCAUCCUCUGGUUUUGUCCCCUGUGAACUGACUGACCCAAUAAUGCUGGAUGAACUGGACUCCUUCACACCUGUCAACUCCAUUUGCAGCGUCCAAGGUGUUGUGGUUGAUGUGGAUGAGAGCACUGCUUUCUCGUGGCCUGUGUGUGAUCAGUGUGGUGACAGGAGGUUGGAACAGAGACCAGAAGACAGAGGUGCCUUUUUCUGUGGAUAUUGUUCCCGGCUGGUUACAACACCUGUUCAAAAGAGGCAUCUGCAGGUCUUUCUGGAGUGCCCCUCAAAACCCCAGAGCACCGUGAAGGUCAAGCUGUUGCAGAACAGUAUUUCUUCACUGCUGAGGUUUGCCACCUCUGAGGAUGGGAGUUAUGAAGUGAAGCGUGUCCUAGGGAAGGAGGUGGGGCCGCUGCCCUGCUUUGUCCAGUUCAUCUCCACCCACCCAGCCAGCUGUACUGGAUUGGAGGAAAUCGAGCUUCUGAGUGCUGGAAGAGCCUGCCUCGCCGGACAGCCUCCAAGAGACCCAUGAACUUUGCAGUGCAGCUGCUGGCGAAGCAGGAGUGGG